AAAAACUGUAACUGUUAAACCGCGGGAAAUUAUAUCGUUGUAAUUUUGCCUAUAUUUUAUUGCAGUAAUUUUGUCUUUAAGGCAGUAAAUUUGCCUUUAAUAAAUUAAAAAAUUUUAGCAUUUUCUGUUUUUCUCAUAUUUUGGAUUAAAGAGUGUUGUAUGCAAUAUCGUGUUGAAAAUGGUUCGUACAAGAGCUGAAAAUUCAUCCAGAAAAGCUGUUGCUGCUAAAGCUCCAAGAAAGUCAUUAGGUAGUGAAUCUAAUGGUGGAAGUAGCAUGGCUUCAUGUUAUGAUUCAUCUUCAAAAAAUGGAAGUUUUCCCUUAAUCAACCAUGCAAAAAUGUGGCCUACUCCAACAUGGCAAAAAGGAAUAAAAUCCUUCUUUUCAAAAAAUGAAAACUAUGAAACAGAUACUAGCUGUGGUUCAUCCUCUGGUUCUUCGCUAACUCAAGAUGAUAUUACAGAACCAACUACCUUAGUAACAGAAAAUGCUAGUAAUAAUGAAUUGAUCACGGAAGAUAAAGAGAAUUUACUACCGUCUUCAGGUUCUUCCCUAACCAAUACAUCUGCUUCAUCUUCGUCAUCAUCAUCGAGCAGUACAAAAAGAGUUUCAAAAAUCGAUUCAAAAAAAAAGCGAAGAGUAGUUAUGGAUGACGAAAGCGAUUAAAUAAAACAUGCCUACUCAUCAAAAAACAUUAAAAAUUAAUCUUGCUUAUUUAUGAAAUAUAUAUAUUUUUUACUUA